UAUUAUUUCAUUCCAUAUAUAUACUAAAAAUUGCAGAUUUCAAGAGACAGAGAGGUUGAAGACAGCGAAGCAAAUGUUUCUGCAGAGGACCCCAUGUUGAUAUAUAUACAGCGAAAAAGGUGAAGUCGAGUCUCAUUAUUUCAAUUACCUUCUCUCUCUCUCUCUCUCUCUAGCCAUUGUCGUGGGAUCCCACUAGCAGCUUUCCUGUCUUCUCCAUCUCCAUUGGCUUCUUUCUCCAAUAGACAUAAACAGAGAUAUUUGGGAACCAAAGAGAGAAGAAAGGUUGAAACUUUUGAUGUGGGUUUUGAUUUAAGGAGAGAUGGCUCAGCAGCAGAGACAACAGUUUCAGAUGGGUGAUACGAAGCUGACGAAGAUCUUCGUGGGAGGAUUGGCUUGGGAGACGCAGAAAGAUACAAUGAGACGUUACUUCGAACAGUUUGGUGAAAUCGUUGAAGCUGUCGUUAUUUCUGAUAAGAACACUGGCAGAUCCAAAGGCUAUGGCUUUGUGACGUUUAAGGAAGGAGAAGCAGCGAUGAGAGCUUGUCAGAAUAUGAAUCCUGUGAUUGAUGGAAGGAGAGCUAAUUGCAAUCUUGCUUUUCUUGGUGCUCACAAACCUCGUCCUCCUACUUCUCCUAGACAUGGAACAGGUAGAUUUAGGUCACCAGGAGGAGCAGGAUUAGUUGCUCCUUCUCCUCAGUUCAGAGGCUCCUCUUCUUCCUCUGCUUUUGUUCAACACACUGGUCAAUUCCCAAUCCCUUACUCUGCUUAUGGAUUCUCUGGUUAUUCUCAGGAGGGAAUGUACCCAAUGAAUUACUACAAUCAUCAUCUCUAUGGAGGACAGCAGUUUUCACCAUACAUGGGACCUCCAACAUCAGGAUCAACAGGAAUGUUCCAUGGUUACUAUCCUUACUAUCCUCAGUACAAUCCAGCACAAAGCAGCAAUCAAGCUCAAGCUCCAGCUCAAACUCAUCAUCAAGGUUUCAGCUUUCAAUACACUACUCCUCCUGCUCCUCCUGUGUUACACUACCCUUACUUGCCUCAUCAGCAAUUCAGCUCUCAGCCUCCUCCACCUCCAAUCCUCUCCCUUCCAACCUCUUUGGCUCUAUCAUUAGCAUCUUCAGCUCCAUCUUCAUCCUCUUCAGCUUCCACCUCAGCUGCAACAACUGCAACCAAAACAGUGGUUAUUACUACAACAGCAGAAGCUGAAGCUAGCAGCAACAAAGAUGGUCAUGAAGCAGUUACAUCAUCAACCAUCUAGAUAGAGGAUUGAUGCAGUACUACACUAGAAGAGGAAGGGACUAACUAAUCAUCAAUCUCUCCACCAUGUUCAAGAAACAUUUAUUCAUAUCGUUUUUAGGAUUCUAGAAUCUAAAUCAGUAGUACCUAGGAGGAGGAAGCCGAAGAAGAAAGAAACAACCAUCAGUCACAUUCUUUGCUUUAUUUAUUUUUCAAGGAUUCACAUUGCAUUUUAGGUUAAAGAAUCAAAUAGAAGGCAUUGGUGGCCUUUUCUUGGUUUCUUGGAUUGAUGCAGAAAGCAUCAUUCAAAAAUUACAUUUAUUUGGGGAUUUAUUUUUCAGGUUCAGAAGAAAUGUUUUAUGUCUUCUUUUGAACCCCAAACAGGAUUUUAAAGCUUUGGAUAAGCUUGAAACUCCCUUUUCACAUUUGUAAUUCUUGAAACGGUUUUACUUCAAAUCUCAUUGCUUGUUCUUGUUCUUCACUA